UUGUCGAAACACCAUAUCAACUAGACUCUCCUUGAAUAAAUCGCUUACCAAUUCCUCAAUCUUCGCAAAACAAAUCCACAUUCAAAAUGAAGACCUUUGCCGUUCUUACUGUUCUCCUCUCUGUCGCCGCAGCUCUCAACCCUCUCGCACAACGUCAAGCGCAAUGCGCAUGCGACGUCUCCAAAUGCCCUCCCGCUGGCACUGAAAAGCACUGCCAAUGUGUUGUUAGCCUCACAGACAACUGCUACGUCGAGCAAACCAACGCCGGCGUUGACUGCGGUCUUCCCACCUACCCCACUGGCAUUCCCGAACAAGCCUGUGGUGGAUCGACGAACCAGACCUGCGGCGCAGGUGACAUGUGCUACUUCCCAGACAAGUCCUGCGACCCCCAAACCACCGCCUGCACCGGCCUCUGUGCAUCCGACUUCUGCGGCGGAAACUUCGACAAGCCUUGCCCUGAUGCCCGGUGGAGCUGCGUCCUCGAGGAUGCUUGUGUGAGGGCCGGAAACACUGAUUGCGAUGGCAAGUGUGAGCUCAACUAGAUGCACUACAUGUCAUAUGAGAUUGUUGAGAUAGUGCUGCUUUCAUCGUUGCAGCCGAGUUUGGAUGCUCCCUGAUACCUUUCCAGUCC